GGCCCCCGCGAUUCUCUCACAUCACCCCCUCUCUCUCUCUCUCCGCCGCCGCAGCCGCCGAGCUCCGCCGCCGAUCGCCGCCAUGUCGGACGAGGAGCACCACUUCGAGUCCAAGGGGGACGCCGGCGCAUCCAAGACCUACCCCCAGCAGGCCGGCACCAUCCGCAAGAACGGCUACAUCGUCAUCAAGAACCGCCCCUGCAAGGUUGUCGAAGUUUCCACUUCCAAGACCGGAAAGCAUGGUCAUGCCAAGUGCCACUUUGUCGGGAUCGACAUCUUCAACGGCAAGAAGCUGGAAGAUAUUGUUCCAUCAUCCCACAACUGUGAUGUUCCACACGUCACUCGUACUGACUAUCAGCUGAUUGAUAUUUCUGAGGAUGGAUUUGUUAGUCUGCUGACUGAAAGUGGAGGCACCAAGGAUGAUCUCAGGCUCCCAACCGAUGAGAGUUUGUUGGCACAGAUUAAGGAUGGCUUUGCUGAGGGUAAGGAUCUGGUGGUGACUGUUAUGUCCUCUAUGGGAGAAGAGCAGAUUUGUACUCUCAAGGAUAUCGGUCCGAAGAACUAACUUUACAAUCCUCUCAGUGUUGUAUUCGAGAUUUAUGUAAGCCCUCCCUAGCUUGCUGUCUUCAGAUUGUGGGAGACGUGUGCUGUUAUUUGUAACUGUUUUUCACCUUUUUUGUAAGUUGACUGGAGGCCGAGUUACUCUCUGGACUUCAGAAA